AUGAAUGUUUUAGGGGUUUUACAUCUAGUUCUAUUAGUUAGAUCUUGCGUAGCUACCUUAACAGACUCGCAGGUUGAGGGAGGAGAUGGAGGAACGAAAACAACCGCUAAACCCACCAAAGAACUCGUAGUUCCAAUUACCCUAGAUUUGGCUGAGGUGAAUACAAAUUCUGUUGAUGUUCCAGAUACUACUACGAAGGAUGGCAUAAAUACAACCUACUACUACCCAAAGGGAAAGUUUUAUUUUGAAAAGAUAGUGGAUGGAACCAGGACAGUAUGGGAGUCUACUAAAGAGAAAUGUUCUCCAGCGUACACUAUCUCAAAGGGUAACGUAACAUUUCUUGCUCUCUUGCUAAAGAAGUCUGAUGAUGAGACCGAUUUAAUAUACUACGAAAAGAAGAAUCUAGGGUGGAAGCUUGUCGAGAAGACAAAGAGUGAAAAUAUAAUAGAGGAACUAAAGAGGCAGCCUGAGCAACCAGCUGUAAAAACCAUCGACUUGGAUCUUUCAGAUGUUGAUUCUACAGCAUUCUCUGUAGAAGAAUCUGAGGAGGAUAAGGUUCCUCUUAAGAAAUUUGCCGUUAAAACUGAUCAUCACUUGAAUGAGAUAAACUAUGGAGAUUCUGAACUUUGGAAAUCCGAUUCUCCGGACAAACAUUGUACACUUGCUACGGUAUACUUUGAGGAAGAGAAUCCUAUGUUGCUAUCCCUAACACUUAACCAAGGAUUUGUUUAUCUGCAAAAGAAUGGUACUGAAUGGAAGAGUAUUUCUCAAGGUGACUGUGAUGUUGCAUUGGUUAAGAUAAAGGAACUGGCUUCCUUACCAAAACCCAAGAUAGUAGAGCUCAACGUUAAUGAUAUAGACGAUAGUGCCUUUACGGUUAAGGAGGAAACCGUUGAGGGACUACCUCUAAAGACUGUUACUCCAAAGGAAGGUGUUCUCGUAUCCUCUGUUAUGGAUGGAGAGAAGGAAGUCUGGAAGGGUGUGGAUAAGGAGCAUGCUCUAUCAGUAUUAGUAUACUAUGAUGGAGAAUCUCCUGCAUCAGUAGUUGUAAACUUUGUAAAGGCUGAUGGGAAGAAGCCUUGGAGGUACCAUCAUAAGCAGGGUGAUGGAUGGGAGGGAGUAAAUAAAGAAGACCAUGAAAAGUUCUUGGAGGAGCUCAAGAAGGAAGUUCUUCAGUCAGCUGAACAGCUUUCUAAUCUCCCAUCUUCGGAUCCAAACACCCUGGACAUUACUAAAUUGGACAGUUCCAAAUUUAGUUCCUUUGAGUACAUAUAUGAUGAUAACCUAACCCAACUAAUUGCUCCAAAUAAGGAUACUACUGUUACAAGGUUAAUGAAUGAUAAGGAAGAAGUGUGGACUCCUGGAGAGAAUGAAGAAUUUGGCUACGCAAGAGUCUAUCUAGAUGAGAACAGGGAGCCAAGAGUCAUCAAUGUUGCAAGUAUAAUUUCUUCUAAGAUAGAAUACAACUACUUUGUGAAGAAUGGAACCAAAUGGGAACACACAACAGAGUGUGCUGAAAAAACAAAGCUAAAGGUAAAGGUGGAGAAAUCUGACACUCCUAUUGAUUUAGCCAAAACAGAAGACACAGAUAAAUGCAGAGUAGUAAAUGUUGAACUUCUGAAUGCACCAACACGGUUUCAUUUACCAACGCCAGAGUAUCACUCCAACAAUGUAAAGAGCGGUAAUAAGAACAUAUGGACUGCCACAGGAGAUGAAAGAUGUAUGGCUUGUGCCAUAUACUCAAAGAAUGGUGUUUCUCUGCUCUCACUUUUUAUAAGAGCUGAGAACGAGUUGCAUCACAAAUACUUUGAGAAGAGCGGUAAGGAAUGGAAAGAUCUCACUCAUGAGGUUUUCUUCAAGAAGUAUAAGGAAAUGAGAAAUGCCUAG